CGUUUGCCACUUGCCACAGCCGGGCAUGCGAAGCGCGAGAUCGAAGUGGCGAAAGUUCGCGGUCGCGAGACGUCGUCUUCGUUUCUCGCCGCCGCCGUGAUCUUCACCGGCGAGUUGCGAUCACCAGCUGUCGCGGAGAGGCCGGCGAACCGGGCGGCCUUCCCCGAGCGGUACCCGUCUUAGCGGUUCGUCUCCCCACCGUUGAUUUCUCGCGUGACGCUUCUGCUCCGAAAUCCGGUGCGCGACACCCACGACGUGCGCACGUUCGUCGACGGGCACUCUCGUUCGCGCUCGCGGGCGCCCGAAUUCACGCGCGCACGCACGCACUUGCACGCACUUGUCACCGCAGGGCUUCGUGCUCGUCCGCUCGCUCGGUGCUCCCGCUCGCGGCGGAGAAUGACAUAUCGCGACGCGCGGAUGACGCGCGACGAUCACGCACGCGGCGGGAGCGUCAUCGAGCCGGGGCAGCGCGUCUACGACGGUUGAAAGCGAGAGGACUUGGAGGAUCGUCGGAGGAUCUGCCGAUCGUCGACGAUGGCGAUCUCGAGCUGGAUGAUGUGGGGUAGGAGCCUACGCACCGGCCGAUCUCAUCGAAGGCAAGACACCGAGGACAAUUGCAUCCAGCUCGAUCUGUCAAGAGGAUUGAAGGAGAAUGUCAAGGAGGUCUUAACUAAUCUUUGCCAGCGUCACAAUGUUCCAAGCGUAAAGAAGCUAGCGUAUCUUAAUGCUAUUGUUAAGUUGAUUAGCGAAUCCGAGUCCCAGGAUUAUGGAUACACUGCAGAAGAUUUGUUCUGUUGUUUGCGUGUGGCUCUGGUCCAUGAAGCGACACAAGUGCGCGCCGCCGCGCUGCGAGCGGUGCGUUACAUGCUCAAGAAGGAACAGGAUGUCAUCGCGAUCAAUAGGCUGCAGUAUCCAUACUUCGUGGCGCGUAGCAUGGACGUUAAUCUGCGUAACGAAAUGGAGAGGAUACAGGCCCUUCGACUCGUCAGGAGAAUCCUGGUAUUAGCUCCCAAGCAUUUCAGUCCCGCUUUAGCGAGAUCUCUAAUUAGUUUAACCAACGGUGGUAUAGAGGAAAGAGACCGUGCAUUUAGAGCGUUUCUAGCAACUCUAUGCGAGCUAGGUGUUUUGAACUCGAACCUACUAAUAAGCUGCGGCGGUGUCGGCGCACUGGCAAGAGCCGCGAUGACCGGCCAAAGCGCCGCCGCGGUCGAAUCCAUCGUUGGAGUGCUGCUGCGUCUGUUGAACAACCCUGAUACACGCAGCAGCGUUUCUCUUCUAUGCUUCGCCGCACCGUACUGCGAGCUUCACUCCUCGAGCAUGGAGAGAACCAAGGAGGAGCGCGAACAAAGAUUUGCCGCAAGCAAACUUGCUCUGCUAAGCAUCCUUCGCUCGUACUCGGGCGUCCUUCAUUUCUGUCGGUCGGACAAUAAUUCGGGCCUCAAGGCCAUCGCGGAUAUCCUGUAUGUGGAACAAUUGGAAGUGCGUGGCGCCGUGCUGGAGUUACUCUACGAGCUAUUAGAUCUGCCGUUGCCCACGUGGACCGACGAGCCGGAUGUCGCGUUGGCCGCGGUGGAUCCCAGCAGAUCACGAGAUUCGUGGAAACUGUCCGAAGGCUUCGUCGCUGCCGAGGGAAAGUUUAUACUGCCAUCCCUGUCGUCGCACUGUCCCAAUAUCACAGAGAUACACUCAGCGUUGUUGGUGUACGUUCUUCUCGAAUGCGGUCUCCAUCGAGCCCUCGCGGAAACCAUCGUCUCCAGUGAUACGUUUAUCUCGGUGCGCGCGGCGGUUCUUCUAGGAGCGUUGUUACAUCUCGCACAUUCGCUUCUACCGUCCGAGCUUUGCGAUCUUACGCCGCCGCUGCCGAAUCUACUAGAGCAUGCUAGCGCCGGUAAGCAUCAGGCGUUAGCGGCGGUCACAAUUCUCGAGCGAAUGCACACCAUGAUGCGACGCAGACCUACUCCGGCGAGUCUCUUCCUUGAUCGGAUUCUUCAGGCUGGCACAUGGUUACGUCCAACCCUGCCACGACGUCAACGACCAUCCGGCAGGCACUGGUUGCGAAUCGGCCGUGAAUCACCGAUUACGCCGUUGCUGAAGGACGCGCAGGUGCUUAGUUCGAAGGACGCUCUCGCCUGGAAUUGGCCGAUAGUGCGGGCGAUUUUGCGAUCGCGCGAGGAUGCGACGAGAAUUCUGCACGAUUCCGAUCAUCGAUUGUUUAUGAAGCGGCUCGUACGUUAUUUCAGACCGUCCUGGAACGGUUAUAGCAGAGUCGAGCUGGGCACGAAUGCAACAUUAGCACGCGAAGCAACUCUCGCCGGCUGCGAUUUGUUGAAUUGCUUGUUGGAACUACACGAACCGGAGGGCGCGCGACUGCUCAACGAACUGAUCGGCGACGUCGCCGAACAGAUCAGCAACAUUCGCACCGCCGAGUCUGCGCAUGACUGCCUGUUCUCGCCACGUCACAUGUCUACCACGUGUUGUCAGAAAUAUUUCCUUUUCCUGGGUCAAUUAAGCUACUCGGCCAAGGGAACAGUGGUCCUCAAGAGUUUUAACCUGUUGGAGAAACUGCAGGAUCUCGCGCUAGCCACUAAUCACGACUGUUAUGUCAAGCUGAUCGUUUCCAGUCUGGAUUACUCUCGAGACGGUCCCAAUAGGAAGCUAUUAAGCAAGAUUAUCUCCGAGGCGACCUUAUGGAGUACACGUUUAUACGCUACGCAGUUUUUACGGUUGAUACUCCGCGCAAGAAUGACGGACGCUGUGCGUUGGGCAAUGUCGCUGUUGGCGGAUCGGCUGUCGGAUAGCACUAUCGCUGUGGCGUUAGCUGCGUUGGAAACGUUACAUGAGGCGUGUAACGAGACUGAGUACUUGGAAGUGUUACUGCAACAAGGUGGACAAUCGCGCGACUGGGACAAAUGGCUGCAACAUCUAGGUGACAAGGGUUACUUAUUGAAGAUUCGGCUUUACUCUCUUCAACAGGGUUUCGCGAGUCUCGCCGCGCCAUCGGAGGAGCUGGAGAAGUGGAUCGGACCCGGCGGUUUCGCUGAGCGAUAUGUGGGACUCGUGGAAGGCGAGAUACACGACGCGUUGACGCGUCGUCAACGAGACGAGACCGGGAGCUAUCAAAGGAGGACCACCAACGUGGCGAUGGUACCGCACGACAUUUUCGUGCUGCCGCAUCUGAUCGGCCAGUUGGCGCAGCACGAACUCGGGAUGCAAUUAUUGUUACGUCGCAACGUGAUACAGCGUUUCGCCCGAUUAUUACAGCGAUUCAAGCUGGAGUUUGGCGGCCGUGAUUCAGAAUCUAACUCGCGAUGCACCAGAACGAGUCGUCUACCUAUUGGCGUCACCGCUACGGCCGUUGCAGGCAUCGCUGACGACGUCGGUAUCGUGUCGGAGGAGUCCGGGACGGACGAAGCUGCGGAGCAGUGCGGUCGCCUCGAGACGAUCCUCGAUUCCGAGGCGUUGGAGAGUGAGUUAACUCGCGAUACGACGAGCCAACCGCGGACCGAGUCACUAAUGGAGAUUCGUCGUAAGACCAGCGUGGACGAUUCCAGGCACACCACUCCGGAGCGAAGCUGGAGGAUGGAGACUGUCGAGUUAUCGCGCGACGAUCACUCUGUAACCGGUCCAAACGGCGGAAUACUCAAAGUCAAAUCGGCUCUAUGGGCUCUCGGCCACGCGGGCACAUCCGUCGCUGGUGUCGAACACCUCAAUCACCUGGGUAUCAUCGAGAUGAUCGCGUCCAUGGCGGAGACGUGUCCGUAUUACUCUGUACGCGCCACCGCGAUGUACGCUCUCAGUCUAAUCGGUACCACUCGCGCCGGCGCCGACGCACUGAUAAAUUUCAACUGGCCGUGCGUCAGGCAUCAACGCGGCGACAAUUGGCCUGUGGUGCCACCCUCGACCAGGUAUCCGGUACCAAGCCCGAUCCCUGUGCAACGGCAUCAUCGCAGCCUUAGCGACGGUAAACCCGAACUACCCGAGCCACUCGUGCGCCGAACGAGGAAUCGAUCCGAGAGCGCGGCCACGGAUCUCGAGGCACGGCGAUACAUUCUUCCAGAGAGAGGCGAAACGCCAAGUCCCGUUUCGAGUAUACAAAGACUUAGCCAACAAGAUGCUGAAGGGUACGCGCGACUACGUAGUUUACAACGUCAUCGCAGACCGAGUUAUUCUCAAAGUAGUUUAGAAAUGUAUAGUUUAGAUGGCCGUCUGUCGUUGCAAAGCCUAUCGGAGUACGAUUCGUCCCGCAGCUGGAUUGCGGAGAAUGCGGUUCUUACUCCGACGCCACCUCCUCCAGAGGACGACAACGAGAAUUUGUUCUAUAUGGGUAUCUGCUUACCGAGGAGGUUGCUCGCGAUCUUUCCCGAACCUCCUCAACCAUCGCAGCCGACUAUCUAUGAGGAUAUCAUUAGAUUCGAAUCAGAGACAACGGAAAUCGACGAGGAAUCCAACUCGGAGUACGAUAUCGAUAGCGAACAUUGCCGCACAUGUCUCAUUUGUUAUCACGGCAAGAGUAGCAAGGAUGCCGGCACGGAACAGGACAUGAAAUUGCGAAAAGAAAUACUUAGGCAUACUCAACGACUUGCAAAUCCCGUAUGGUAUCGUCUUAGUCGUCAAUCGUUACUUAGACUGAGGCAGCGAUUUCCGGAAAAGUUUCAGGAUACCUGUUUGUUUUCGGAUGUAGCCGCUCGCCUAAGUAGCGGUACGUACAGAAUGCCGGCGCGGCGAUUUCUGCAAGAACUGUUUUUAGAUUCUCCAUUUGAUGCACUUUACGUUGAACCAAUCAACAUUCUGAAGAUACCAAUUGGUACAGAGGAAAAUCCUCUGCAAUCUGUUCCUAGCUCCGAGGCUAGUCCUCGGCAGCAAUCUACCAGUCCUGUGGAGGGCAAGAUUAACGGAAGACUUACUUUGACUGAGAUACAAACGGCACAACUGGCCUCGGUCGCCGAGGAAGGUUCCUCUGUCAGCAGUGAAUCAUGCAGCAUUGCACUUUUAUGUAAGAAAAAACCUCAGGAGAUUGCUCGGUCGAUGCAGGAACGGCGUAGCGAUGAGAAGAUCAUAGCCGAGAUCCUGAAGCCAGAAGAACGGAUACGCUUGUCAAAGAGUUCCGAUAGAUCGUUAAAAGUAUCAGGUACAAACACUGCCAUCAGCCUUGAUUCGUAGUUUUUGAACUUUCGAUCACUACUGUGUGUACAUAUUUUGUAUUAAAAUAAUAAUGAUGUAUAAAAAUAAAUUAUUACACACACUGCCGGAAAAAUCAGAGAUAUAUUCUUAUAAAUGUAUAUAUAUUUCAACGUUUCCUUCUACUUUUUAUGUGCUUUGUCUAUUCAGAAUUAUUUAUUAUGAUCGAAAUAAUUGUUAAUUUAUAUUUUAUGUCUGCAACAGGUGUCCCUUCUUCUGUAUUAUUUUCUACCAAUUUUUGAUUUUUUAGUAGAAAACUAAUAAGAAGUAGGGAGAGAAAGAAAGAGAGAG